GUGAAUCCUGAGUAUGACCAAAUCAAGACUCAACUUCUGCUCAUGAAACCACUUCCCACAGUGGUUAUGGCGUUUGAUGACCUCUUGCAGCAUGAGCAGAAACUCAAGGCAGAAGGCAGUCUCAAGCAGAAAACAGGACAGUCAGUGGCAUUGGCUGUUGGAGGAAACAAUUCCAAUAGCACACCUCCAAGAGCUAACAGAGACAACCCACCUGCUAAGGGAGAUAGAGAAGAACUGUUUUGCAACUAUUGCAAGAAAACCAAUCAUGUCAUCAAGGAUUGCUGGAGGCUUAAGAAAAAGAAGCAGGAUCGAGAGAAUGCAGAGAAUGCAGGAAGAUUUGCAGGUUCUGUUGGUCAGAACAUUGGGUCUGAAGAAGGGAGUCAGACUGAAGGGUUGCAUAUUGAGGUUGGCAACAGGUUUGCCAGUCCAGUUGGAGGGUUUACUGCAGAAGAGAUGAGCAGGUUGAGAAGCAUUCUGCAGAUGUCCAAUUCCACUUCUCCAACUUCACCUCAGAGUCCAGUAAUCAAUCAUAGGGCACAUUCAGUCACUACACAUCUUCCUGCCUUCCCAAACUCUGCAGGACCUGAUAUCAGCCAGGAUGAUUGGUUUGGCUCAAGAAACUAAAGGCUUGUACCACUUCAUUCCACCAAAUACUUCCAGUUCAUCAUCCUACACUUCAUUUCCUCCCCAAGUUGCCUCUGUCUACAACUUUGAACCUCAGAAGAUUGCCUUGUGGCACUGGCGCUUAGGGCAUCCUAGUUCCAAUAGAUUUCAGCUUAUUAAAGACUGUAAUCCUAGUAUUCCUAAGGAAGUCAUUAAACACUGUGAACACUGCCAUCUUUCUAGGC